AUGGCCGACGGCGGUGGCGGAGGAGAGCACGUCGUUCAGAUGAUGGCUGGCGGCUCCGGGCCAGGCAAGGUGGCCGCGCCGGAGAAGUGGCUGAAUCGCUUCGUCCGUGCAGUCGUGUUGAUCGAGAGAGUGGGCAACGCGCUUGGCACGCUGGCUUUCACGUGGGCCACCGUCGUCCUGCUCGGCGGCUACGCCAAGGACCUCCACUCCGGGGAUGAUUUUAUCUUCGCGACAAUCAUAAUUUUCUUAGAGGCCGCAAGGAUGUUCAGCCGCAACAACAGACUAGAUUAUCAAGUGUUCUUUAAUACCAGAGGAGCCUUUAGGCCUCUUGGCUGGAAUGGACUGACUCUAGCUGCAUGUUUUUGUGCUGUUCUGAAAAUCAUGUGGGAGAUGCGCCUGAGGAUGAUCAUAUUGAUGAUAAUACUCUUUGGAUUUGGCCGGUUAUUGUCUGAGGUGUCUUCACGAGGUCUGAAACUACUCAUAUGUAAUCGGAUGCGUCGUGCCGCAUCAGUAUGGAGCCCAUUAGUGGCAAUCGUAUUGCUAGCUCUCUCUACAGACGAAUCCCUUUUCAAAGACUACUCAAUGAUGAUUUACCCGCAGAAAAAAAAAGACUACUCGAUGAUUGAACGGGCAAUGUUCCUAGUACUACUUGUGGCAGUGCUCGUAGCAACAAUAAGCAGUCUGCACUUCACAAGAAUCAGGAAACUAGUGGACAGUGUCCUAGGCAACAAACUAGAAUUUUGGCGUCAAGGUAUUAUAAGCUUGUGCAUGGUUGCUGCUCUAGGGAUGCUGGUGUACAUGCUUAAGGAUUAUGAUAGAUUUAGGAUGAUCAUAAUCGAAGUAUGCGCUGUAGCAAUAAUGUCAUUUGGGAACUUACAGAUUCCAGCAGCAGUUGUGCGGGUUGUUCUAGCAUUAAUUGGGCUUAUGCCAGUUGAUGAUAGUGAUCCUCCUUACGAUGAUGAAAACCUGAAAGCGUCUCUGAGAAUCUUCUAUUGGAUGGUGCUUGGACAAGGAAUACUCUAUGCUGUGGCCUGCAUGCUCGAGUUCUUUUCUUUCAUCCCUCGAAGGUCCCUUGUCCGUUGUGGUGGAUUCGGAGGUCAGCGGGGAGUGGAAUCUGUAAAUAUGUAUUAUGCCUACGCAUUAGAGAAAUGCAUGCAAGGGGGUGUGCUUGCUCCAAAGAAGAUCAGCCUCAGCAACUUCGCCACAGAUUAUGUGAACUCGGACAUAUCCAAGAAUCAGCUCCAUGGGAUUCGCAUGAUGCACAGCUUUCUGCAAAGAGAGCCAACCAAGGCACAGCUCCUUUCAAAACUCACAGCUUCUACCAAGACGGUGGUCAGAAUAAUCAAAAUGUUGGAUUGGACAUGUCCAAAGGAUGCAGCUAUCAGAUUAUAUGCCGCGAAGGUCAGUGCUGAACUUGCAAAGAACCUCCGUGUUGUCACUAUCCCGGGUACAAUACAGUUUGUAUCUGCACUUCUUGACAGUGAUAGCACACUGCAAAGAGGAAACCCACUUCUGGACACAGAUGAUGAACAAGAAGAAAGGCAAGAGUUAUCUAUGAAUACAGAAGACAACCAAGUGGUAAAACAUCACUCCAUGAGGAACGCAGCUGAUAACCAAGGGAAAAGACAAGACCGACAUCAGGAGACUGAUAACCUGCUGGAAACACAAAUCCGCUCGACACAACAAGUCGGCAUCGACGAACAGAAAUCAUGCAUUCUCAGAUGCUGGCAGUGGAUUCAAGAAUUCAGGUCGAUUCCCAAGGAGCAGCAGUUGACAGACCAUGAUUUUCUUCCAGCACUGGCAAUGGAAAUUAUUGACAGUCUUGCUGGUUCUGGUCAGGACAAUUGUGUGGAAAUCAGCAAAGCUGCUGACCUCAUCUCGAAGAUCAUAGGAUUCACAAGCUACAGAAGGGAUAUAUUGAAUACUGAGGCGCAACAAAGUAUCCUGCUCAAGUCAUCACUGAAGGUGCUGCAAAGGCUCACAAGCAUUGGCGGGAAAAUCGGCAUCAUACUGCGGUAUGAAAUAUCAAGACAUCCCUUCCUACUGAGAAACCUCAUAGAAAUUCUUGGAGACAACAAGAGCAGUCAAGAAUUGAGAAAGUUAGUGGCAGCAAACCUCAGAAACCUUGCUGUUGAUGAAAGAGCAAGGCAGGAGAUUGGUCAUGUCCAACUGAUCAUUACCAGGCUUGUGCAGGCAUUUCUCAACACUGAAGAAAUCACGAGUGUCAACGCUGAUCGCUUGCUACGAAAGGUAGCUGGGCAAGCACUGGCAAUGCUGACAAUGCAAAGUGUCCAAAACUGCUUGGUUAUAUUGCAGGAACCAGAGUUCAUGAUGGAACUCAAAAUCAUGAUCCAUGAUAAAAUGUACGUAUAUGUGGCGGCAAGCCUGUUGCGUAAUCUGUGCAUGCACGCUCGAUCCGAGCUCAGAGAGUCAGAACUGAAGGAGCUAUCUCAUACCUUGAGAGAGGUGUUGGAAAGAAUACUGGACGUGGACGGGGCAGAACUAGAGAUCCUGAUUGGGCUUAGUUCACAGAUAUGUAAAGUUAUUCCUGAAGACUUUACCCGAGAACUAGACGCUGGUCAGAUUAAGCAGAGAUUUGCCAAGAGGCUUGUCGACACACUAAAAGCAAACAUGAAACCUAGUGCUCAUUGUCCUGGGAUCAGGAGAGUGGUACUCGAGCAAGUCAUACACUUGAUGGAGUAUAAUUCUCGCUAUGCAGAUUGCUUCAACGCGUUCGGGGUGACAGAUGCACUGUCAAUGGUAGAACAAACACCGUCAAAGGCUGAAAACUACAGGCUUUUCUUGGGCGAUGAAGGAUUCAUGGAGUACAGCAUGCCUCUCUCCGAUCUUGUGGCCAGAGCAAAAGAACUUAUGGGUUGCGACUGACUACGAGACACUAUUAGAUGGAAGUGGGACUUCUACUUUGCCUUUCUUGAAUGAAUGAAAAACUGCUGCGGCGAGAAUAAAGGAUUAUCGUAUUGUUUAUUAGUCAGGCCGCAAGUGGGACAUAAUGUUAUGGGUGACACAAUGUUAUGGGUGAUUUAAGUGAUUAGUUUCCAACUGGUUCUAGUAAAUCCCUGUUCGGCAUAAAUUCUGCACAUGGAUUCUCAUAAGGUCGGCAGCGAUACAAAACAGAUGCUUGCGCUCAAGAUAAAUAGAUAAUGGUCAUAUUUUAAGAGCAAGCAAACAGGUCAUCACAGUUGAAGAGAAGAUGUCAUCAUGUUACAGUAGAGAUACCACAGGCGUC